CUGUUGGAAAAUGGCUGCUCGCUGUGCCACUCCAAAGCGCAGCCCAAACUAAACUCAACUCUUCUGCUUUUUUUUAAUCAACGACGGGUCGCGUUUUGGACCUUACUUUACCGCCAAACCGACACCCCGGAGACUGCGCCAAAACUCGCCAUGACGCGCUGGGUGCCAACCAAGAGGGAAAAGUACGGAGUCGCGAUCUAUAACUACGACGCUCGGGGAGAGGAGGAGUUGUCUCUGCAGAUCGGAGACACGGUGCACAUACUUGAGACAUACGAAGACUGGUACAGAGGACAUCGGCUGAGAAGAAAAUCCAAAAAGGGCAUAUUUCCUGCGUGUUACAUCCACCUAAAGGACGCCACAGUCGAGGGCAGCGGGCAAAAGGAGACGAUCAUCCCGACAGAGUUGCCGUUGGUGCAGGAAGUGACGACCACGCUGCGGGAGUGGGCGUCAAUAUGGAGGGAUUUAUACGUGGGAGACAAGAGGGAGAUGUUCAACACGGUGAGGGACAUGAUUUACGACCUGAUCGAAUGGCGUUCUCAGAUCCUCUCCGGAACUCUGCCCCAAGACGAACUGUCCGAACUCAAGCAGAAAGUCACCUCCAAAAUCGACUACGGGAACAAAUAUCUCGGUCUAGACUUGGUGGUCCGAGAUAAAGACGGGAACAUUUUAGACCCCGAUCUCACCAGCACCAUCAGCCUGUUCAGAGCCCACGAAGCCGCCUCCAAACAGAUCGAAGACCGGAUACAAGAGGAGAAGUCUCAGAAGCAGAAUAUUGACCUGAGCAGACAGGCCAAGUUCGCGUCCACACCUGCUUUCGCGCUCUUCGUGACUCUGAAGAAUGUGGUGUGCAAGAUCGGGGAAGACGCCGAGGUGCUCAUGUCCCUGUACGACCCCGUGGAGUCCAAGUUUAUCAGUGAGAACUACCUGGUGAAAUGGUCCAGCUCUGGUUUGGUGAAGGACAUCGACCAACUCCACAACCUCCGCUCUGUUUUUACGGAUUUGGGCAGUGAAGAUUUGAAGAGGGAGAAAAUCAGUUUUGUGUGUCAGAUCGUCAGAGUGGGACGAAUGGAGUUACGAGACAACAACACCAAGAAGCUGACGUCGGGCCUGAGGAGACCCUUCGGAGUGGCAGUAAUGGACGUGACCGACAUAAUAACGGGAAAAAUGGACGAUGAAGACAAGCAGCACUUUAUUCCAUUCCAACCGGUCGCCGGGGAGAGCGACUUCCUGCAGAGCGUCAUCAACAAAGUCAUCACCGCCAAAGAGGUCAACCACAAGGGACAAGGUCUGUGGGUGACUCUGAAGCUUCUCCCCGGAGACAUUCAUCAGAUCAGGAAAGACUUUCCUCACCUGGUCGACCGCUCCACCGCUGUGGCUCGUAAAAUGGGCUUCCCAGAGAUCAUCAUGCCAGGUGACGUGAGGAAUGACAUCUACGUGACUCUGGUCCAGGGAGACUUCGACAAAGGAAGUAAAACCACCCCGAAAAACGUGGAGGUGACGAUGACUGUUUACGACGAGGACGGCAAGAGACUGGAGAAUGUGAUUUUUCCCGGUGCUGGGGAUGACGGAAUAAACGAAUACAAGUCCGUCAUCUAUUACCAAGUGAAGCAGCCGCGCUGGUUUGAAACUAUAAAGGUCGCCAUUCCCAUUGAAGACGUGAACCGGAGCCACUUACGCUUCACUUUCCGGCAUCGCUCGUCUCAGGACUCCAAAGACAAAUCGGAGAAGAUCUUUGCCCUGUCCUUUGUGAAGCUGAUGCGAUACGACGGCACCACUCUGAGGGACGGGGAGCACGACCUCAUCGUGUACAAGGCUGAAGCGAAGAAGUUUGAAGAUUCGUCUCUGUACCUGAACCUGCCCGCCACAAAGAUGGAGCUGGAGGAGAAGGGGUACUCUGCGGCCGGAAAGACCACGCAGAACCUGGGCAACUGUAGCAUCAGCAAAGACUCGUUCCAGAUCUGCACCCUGGUCUGCUCCACCAAGCUCACGCAGAACGUGGAUCUUCUCGGCUUGCUGAAGUGGCGGUCCAACACGAGCCUCCUGCAGCAGAACCUGCGUCAGCUCAUGAAGGUGGAGGGCGGAGAGGUCGUCAAGUUUUUGCAGGACACGCUGGACGCCCUGUUCAACAUCAUGAUGGAAAACUCAGACAGUGACACCUUUGAUACUCUGGUCUUCGACGCUUUGGUCUUCAUCAUCGGGCUCAUCGCAGACAGAAAGUUCCAGCAUUUCAACCCGGUCCUGGAAACCUACAUCCGGAAACACUUCAGCGCCACACUGGCCUAUAUGAAGCUGACCAAGGUGUUGAAGAACUACGUCGACAAUGCGGAUAAACUGACGGAGCAGCUGCUGAAGGCCAUGAAGGCUCUGGAGUACAUCUUUAAGUUCAUCGUUCGCUCCAGGGUCCUCUUCAACCAACUGUAUGAAAACAAAGGAGAGGCAGACUUCAUGGAGUCCUUACGUAACCUCUUCACAUCUUUUAACAACAUGAUGAACAGCUGCUCGGAGAACACUGGCAUGGUCAAGGGUGCUGCGCUCAAGUAUCUACCCACAAUUGUGAAUGACGUCAAGCUCGUUUUUGAUCCCAAAGAGCUCAGUAAGCUCUUCACAGAGUUCAUCCUGAAGGUUCCCCUGGGGCGUCUGGUCAAGCAGAAGUUGGACUGUAUGAUCGACAUCGUCCACAGUGACCUAUUCUCUAAUCAUGAUUGCCGUGAGAUCCUGUUGCCGCUGAUGACGGAGCAGCUCAAGUUCCACCUGGAGAAACGAGACGAGAUGAAGAGAGAGGAGCUGAACGCCUGCUGCCAGCUGCUCAGCGACAUCCUCCAAGUGCUCUACAGGAAGGACGUGGGUCCGACUCAGUGGCACAUGCAGAUCAUCAUGGAGAAACUUCUGAGGACCGUGAACCAGACCGUCAUCUCCAUGGGCCACGACUCCCCGUUCAUCGGAAGCUUCGUGGCGGCCAUGACGGCGACUCUGAGACAGAUGGACGACUAUCAUUACAGCCAUCUGAUCAGCACCUUUGGGAAGAUCAGGAGCGAUGUGGUGGACUUUUUAAUGGAAACCUUCAUCAUGUUUAAGAAUCUGAUUGGAGAAAAUGUCUACCCCUCGGACUGGAUUAUAAUGAACAUGAUGCAAAACAAAGUCUUCCUGCGGGCCAUUAAUCAGUAUGCGGCGGUGCUCAGCAAAAAGUUCCUGGAUCAGACGAGCUUUGAGUUACAGCUGUGGAACAACUACUUCCACCUCGCGGUCGCCUUCCUCACCCAGGACUCCCUUCAGCUGGAAAACUUCUCAAGCGAUAAAAGAGCCAAGAUCUUCCACAAAUACCAGGACAUGAGAAGACAGAUCGGCUUUGAGAUCCGAGACAUGUGGUACAACCUGGGGCCUCAUAAGAUUAAGUUCAUCCCGGAGAUGGUGGGUCCGAUCCUGGAGAUGACUCUGGUGCCUGAGAUCGAGCUGAGAAAAGCCACAAUCCCCAUCUUCUUUGACAUGAUGCAGUGUGAGUCCCACUCCACCUGCAGUUUCCACCAUUUUGAGAACGAGAUCAUCACCAAACUGGAUCACGAGGUGGAGGGCGGCCGUGGAGACGAGCAGUACAAGGUGCUCUUCCAGAAAAUUCUCUUGGAGCACUGCCGGAAACACAAGUACCUGUCCAAAACCGGAGAAAACUUUGUGACGGUGGUGGUGAGGCUUCUGGAGCGGCUCCUGGACUACAGGACCAUCAUGCACGACGAGAAUAAAGAGAAUCGCAUGAGCUGCACCGUCAACGUCCUGAAUUUUUACAAAGAAAUCGACCGAGAGGAGAUGUACAUAAGAUACUUAUACAAGCUGUGCGACCUUCACAAGGAAUGCGACAACUACACAGAGGCUGCCUACACACUCCUGCUCCACGCCAAGCUGCUCAAGUGGUCGGACGAAGCAUGUGCAGCUCACCUGACUCAGCGCGACACGUACCAGGCCACGACACAGGGCCAACUCAAGGCUCAACUCUACCAGCAAAUCAUCAACUACUUCGACAAGGGAAAGAUGUGGGAGGAAGCCAUCAUUUUGGGGAAGGAGUUGGCCGAACAAUAUGAAAAUGAGAUGUUUGACUAUGAGCAGCUGAGUGCUUCUCUGAGGAAACAGGCCCAGUUCUACGAGAACAUCGUGAAGGUGAUCCGACCCAAACCAGACUACUUCGCUGUGGGCUACUACGGCCUGGGCUUCCCCUCUUUCCUCCGCAAUAAGAUGUUCAUAUACCGGGGGAAAGAGUACGAGAGGAGAGAGGACUUCGAAGCUCGUCUGCUCACUCAGUUUCCCAACGCGGAGAAGAUGAAGACCACCACUCCCCCUAGCGAGGAGACCAAGAACUCACCUGGACAAUACAUCCAGUGUUUCAUAGUGAAGCCAAUCCUAGACCUGCCUGCCAAGUUCCAAAACAAGUCUGUGUCAGAGCAGAUUUUAAGUUUCUACAUGGUGAACGAGGUCCAUAAAUUCCAGUAUUCGCGCCCGGUGCGGAAAGGAAAGAAUGACCCGGAGAACGAGUUUGCGAACAUGUGGUUGGAGAGGACCACGUACACCACGGCGUACAAGCUCCCCGGGAUCCUGCGCUGGUUUGAAGUGAAGUCUGUGUCUACAGUAGAAAUAAGUCCACUGGAAAACGCCAUAGAAACCAUGCAGUCGGCCAACGAUAAAAUUAGCAGCAUGGUCCAAAGGCACCUCAGCGAUUCAAAUUUACCCAUAAACCCCCUCUCCAUGCUGCUCAACGGCAUCGUGGAUCCAGCUGUGAUGGGAGGCUUCGCCAACUAUGAGAAGGCCUUCUUCAACGAGCAGUACAUGCAGGAGCACCCGGACGACCUGGAGAAGAUCAACAAACUCAAGGACCUCAUCGCCUGGCAGAUCCCCCACCUGGCUGAGGGAGUGCGUAUCCAUGGAGACAAAGUGACAGAGGCGCUGAGGCCCUUUCACGACCGGAUGGAGGCCUGCUUCAGACAGCUGCGAGAGAAAGUGGAGAAACAGUACGGCGUCAAGACUUUGCCUCCAGCACACGAGCGGCGGAGAGGGUCCCGGCCUCACUCUAUGGUGCGCUCCUUCACUAUGCCCUCAUCACAGCGCCCCCUGUCUGUGGCCUCAGUCACCUCCAUCUCCUCUGACAACUCCCCCUCCAGGCCCGGCUCUGAUGGGUUUGCACUAGAGCCGCUGCUCCCAAAGAAACUGCACACCAAGUCUACGGACAAACUGGACCGAGAGGAGCCCGAGAGGGACAAAAAGGACAAGAAGAAAGAGAAAAGAAACAGCAAACAUCAGGAAGUGUUUGACAAAGAGCUGAAGGCUGCUGACAUCCCAGUGCAGCCCACGGAGGCAGUCAUACUCUCUGAGACGAUAAGUCCCCUGCGUCCUCAGAGACCGAAGAGUCAGAUCCUGAACCAGCUGACAGGUGACCGGCGCCUGUCAGUGUCACCUGGACCCCCCUCCGCCCCUGCCUCCGCCUCCGCCUCCCCGGGGCCUCCACCCAUCACCCCCCGCACCAAGCUCUCCUUCAGCCUGCUCACCGGCCCCAGUUUGGAACUCAACGGAACCAGUGGCCCGGACAAAAAUGAAGUCCCGCCCCCCCUGCCUGUCAAGAGCAGUACUGCAGACUACGGAAACCUGUUCGAGAACCCGGACCUGAGUCCCUCCACACCUCCUCCGCCCCCGCCACAUCACAGGCACAUGCCUCCUCCUCUGCCCAGCAAGACCCCUCCGCCUCCCCCUCCGAAAACCACCAGAAAACAGACCUCCAUAGACUCCGGCAUCGGCCAGUAAACAAAGAGAGAAGAGCGACCAAACCUGGCAACGCACUGACAGGCACACAAAACCAUCCGGGACACAGAUUAGAGCUCCUCCAGUUUUUAUUUUCGUACCAUUCCUUGUUCAACUUGACAAGAUGAAUACCUCCCC